GGGAAUGCGAGUCGCGAUUGGCCGGCGCCCGCCCCGCUUUACAGCGUGCCGGGCAGCAGGAAGCGAGAACAGCGCGAGCGCGGCGGGGCGGAGGGCUCCUGGCGGUGAGUACCGGGCGGAACCGUCACCUCGCCCCGCGGGGCGCGCGCGGCGCCGGGCCGCGGCCCGCCCGCGAUACGAAAAAAGAUCGAUUUAAUGCGCGCUUUGAUGACGUAAUAAGGACUAACGAGGCGGCGGCGCCGCCGGGCGCGCCGCUCGGCCCGACACUGGCUCGGGCCCCACCGUGGGCGCCCCGCGGGACGCUCGCGCUAUUUGCGGCCGCCCGAGACGCUCCCGGGGCGGCCGUGCCCGGCGGGCCCUCGGCCCUGGCUAGGCCUUCCGGCUUCUCCCGCUCCGGGGACUAGGCGGGCGUCGAUUGGCUCCCCCGUGAGCGGCGGGCCUCGGUACCGCACUACUAUUGGCGGAGACUCGCGAUCACUGGCAGCGGUUCCCGCCAAUAGGAGGGCGCUGGCUGUGCUCUCGAAGCGCGGGUUGCGGACUGGAGGCGGGGUUGGCUGCGGCUGAAGGGCGGGCCGCGGUCUGAGGCACAUCCGUGCCUGAGGCGGGGCGCGCGCUGCCCGGCGCCAUUGUUGUUGCUGAGGAGAAAUGUUGGGCCGCGUGCGCGGCUGUCGUUCGGAUGGGCCUCGGGCGGCGCGCCCGUCACGCCUAAGUGACGAGUUCGCUGAGGUGGAUCUGUAGGAGCAGAUCUGAACGUUGUCGGCUCAGACGCAUCCCGUUCCACAAGAAUGAGGGCCCACGUGUAACCCCUGUGGUGCUUCUUCCCUUCCUGCUCCGGAGCAGAGAUGUUCUUAGUAAACGUUACUGUUAUAAAGGCCUUUUCUCUCCCCCUGCAGUAUUACUGAGCUUUGCGCUAACUCAGGGCCUUAAGUUACCCAUAAAUUGUGCAGUCCUGUGCGCUCUACCUUUUUUCCCCCCCCUUCUCAAAUCUUCUGAGAAAGACUGAAGCUUUGAAGAAAAAGAUAAAUAGAACUCAAUCAAUUUGGUAGGGAGCUGUUGAUUAUUAUUUUGAGGUCAGUUUGGAGUGGUUUAUUCUUUUUUAACAUACACCUGUGAACAUGCAGUUUAAUUCCAGAUUAUACUUGAAUGGGUGGAAAUCGUGGUAUUUGAGGGCCAGAGCUUGGUUUGGUUUUACUUUUAGGAUAUUAUUUUCUGUCUAGUUCUGGGUUCCACUGUUCAAAAAAGACAGAGAUCUCAGAAGGAGUCCAUUGGCAGGCUGCGAAGAUGAUAAAGGGCCUGGAGCAUCUCCUGUAUGAGGAAAGGCUGAGCAACUUGGGUCUGUUCAGCUGGCGAAAAGAAGGCUGAGAAGGGAUCUGAUUAAUGUUUAUAAAUAUCCACAGGGAGGCAAAGGGUUGAGGCCAGUCCCUUCUCCUGUGUAGUGGUAGGACAAGGAGUAAUGGCCUAAAACUUGAACACAGUAAAUUCCGUGUAACGUGCAAAAGAACUUGCACUGUAACAGGCUGCCCAGAGAGGUUGUAAAGUCUCCUUCUAUGAAGGUAUUCAAGACCUGGCUAGAUGCCUACCUGUGUGACCUACCAUAGGGUACCUGCUUUAGCAGAGGGGCUGAACUCAAUGAUCUCUUGAGGUUCCUUCUAACCCCUGUGACUCUGUGAUGUUUUUAACUUCACAUCAUCUAUCCUUGUAUGAUUUCUGCUUCUCCCCCCCCCCACCUCCCAAAAAAAAAAAAAAAAAAGCAGGAAGAAUUAAGCAGUGAAGUAAAUGACUGACAGCUUCCCACAUGACACUUGGUGUGGAAACCCAGAUGACUGCAGCUGCUCUCCAUCUGAGGCUCGUUGGAAUAGAUGAGUGAAGGCAGCAGCAUCCAUUCCUUCCACCUCACUGCUUCCCACAGGCUGAUCUCCUCCCCUUUAAGAGUCUGAUACGUAUUUCAGAGCCCAUUUGGGAAAGCACUGGUAGCAGACAGAGCCGGACUUCUCUAAGCAAUUGCUGUUUUUGUCACUUUUUCCCUUCCGUCUUCUCCAAGGAACAGUUUCUCUGAGAUGCAGGGAAGAGCGUCUUUUGUGACUAAGAUACAAAUUUGACAUUUUCCUUUCCUUGUAUAUUAGUAGUAAGAAAAUAACUUUUGCUUUCAUAGUUAUUGGGUAAUUCUUCUCCUCUCUUUUAAUGUCAAACCCCUUAUACUGGUAUACGCACUUGUUGGAAGCAAAACAGAACUUAUGCAGCCACACGAGGGAGCUGGAAUGCAUGCUGGCAGCAGCACAGGAGCACGUUUGGAUUCUCUCCGAAGGUUCUUUUGCAUAUGCAGCAGAGGUGCAACUAUGUGUCUCCACAGGCAGUUUUGAUAAACCUCCUCAGGUCUGAGAACCUUCCCUCUACUCCCAGCUACGAUUAUUGUAUCAGUAAGGAAGGAAGGGCCAUAGGAUACAGCCCACUUAUCUCUUUCAAGAGGUUAGUCUUUCUGCCAUGGAAGCUGAGGAAAAAAUGGAAUGCAUCCAGGAAUUCCCAGAACACUAUAAAGUUAUUUUGGAUAGAUUGAAUGAACAACGUGAGCAGGACCAGUUCACAGACAUCACUCUAAUUGUGGAUGGCCACCAUUUCAAAGCUCAUAAAGCUGUUCUUGCUGCCUGUAGCCAGUUCUUCUACAGAUUCUUCCAAGAUUUCACUCAGGAGCCCUUGGUGGAGAUUGAAGGUGUAAGUAACAUGGCAUUUCGUCACCUAAUAGAAUUCACCUAUACAGCAAAACUAAUGGUCCAAGGUGAGGAAGAAGCAAAUGACGUUUGGAAAGCAGCUGAAUAUCUACAGAUGUUAGAAGCCAUCAAAGCUCUUGAAAUCAGAAACAAAGAAAAUUCAUCAGCCUUAGAAUCAAAUCGAACAGAAGGUAAAACUAAACCGAAAAAGAGGAAGAUAGCUGAAACAUCUAAUGUUAUCACAGAAUCACUGCCAUCUGCAGAAUCAGAGCCCGUUGAAAUUGAAGUUGAGAUUGCCGAGGGAACAAUUGAAGUGGAAGAAGAUAGCAUCGAGACACUUGAGGAAGUAGCUUCUGCAGAGCAGUCCAUAAAGUAUAUACAGACAACGGGUACAUCCGAUGAAUCUGCCUUGGCUCUUUUGGCAGAUAUCACUAGCAAGUAUCGUCAGGGAGAGCGAAAAUGCCAGAUCCAAGAAAAAGUUGACAGUGCAGCUGAUCCUUCAUGCAAACAGGUAGAAGGUAUUGAAAUUGUGGAACUUCAACUGUCACACAUGAACAAUUUAUUCCACUGUGAGAAAUGUAACCGUUCAUUUAAAUUGUUUUACCAUUUUAAGGAACACAUGAAAACACACUCUACUGAGAGUUACAAGUGUGACAUAUGCAAUAAAAGGUACCUACGAGAGAAUGCUCUGAAACAGCACCUCACCUGUUACCACCUUGAUGAAGGUGGUGCCCCUAAGAAGCAAAGACCUGGCAAAAAAAUACAUAUAUGUCAGUACUGUGAUAAACAGUUUGACCACUUUGGGCAUUUUAAAGAGCACCUUCGGAAACACACAGGUGAAAAACCAUUUGAAUGUCCAAACUGCCACGAACGUUUCGCUAGGAAUAGCACACUAAAAUGUCACUUGACAGCAUGUCAGUCUGGUGCUGGAGCUAAAAAGGGAAGGAAGAAGCUGUAUGAAUGUCAGGUUUGUAACAGCGUGUUUAACAGCUGGGAUCAGUUUAAAGAUCACUUGGUAAUCCACACUGGCGACAAGCCCAACCACUGUACUUUAUGUGAUUUGUGGUUUAUGCAAGGCAGUGAGCUGAGAAGGCAUCUAAAAGACACACAUAAUAUUUCAGAACGACUAGUGACAGAAGAGGUUCUCCCAGUGGAAGCUGUGGAAGGUGAACCAGUAACAUCAAUGACCAUAAUAGAACAAGUGGAGCAAGUUCAUGUCCUACCAGUAAUUCAGGUACAAGUAGAUCCUGCACAGGUAACUGUGGAACAGAUGCACCAGGAUCUCAUACAGGACAAUCAAGUGAAAGGCACACAGAUGGAUGAACUGCAAGAACAGGUGCAAAUUAGUUACCUGGAAGUGGAGCACAUUCAAACUGAGCAAGGUGCUGAAGUUCACAUGGAGCAGUUGCAUGUUGAGCAUGUUAAUCAAAUACAGAUGGAAGAAGUACAGGCAGAACUUAUAGAUGGCACUGACCUUGAACAAGUAGAAUAUGAGAGUGUUGACCAAGGAGAUCCAGGAGAGAAGGAACCUAGUUGCGUAGAUGAUGCAGGUAAGGAAGUUCAUGAACAGGCUGAAGACUUAAAAACUCAACAGUUAGUGGAUAUAAAGAAUCAAAAGGUGGACAACUAGGACAGUUAACCACACUGUGCAGGUUUAGGAUUAUAAUACCAAAUUAUUUUUUUCUUAACUUUUACCUUGGUUUUUGAACUGUCAGUGGUCGUCUUUCAGAUAAGCUGUCCUUUGGAAGCUGGACAAGUGGACCAAAGUUUGCUUUCUUCACGUACAACUGAAUUUCUGUCAUACAUGAAAAAUAACGGUCAUUCAUGUAACACCACAGAAGAGAAACUACCACAGAAAUGGGCAGCUUUGCAAGAAUUUUAGUAAUGAAUAGCUUGUAUUACUGUUACACCAUCGCUGGUUAUAUGUAAGAAUAACUUCACUUCUUUUCUUCUUGCCGUAGAAGCAAACUGUUGUUAUAGGUUUGCAGGGUGUCUGUGACAGAAGAAUUAGUAAAAUCUGGUGGCUUCUCAUACAAACAAUCCAUCGGGUACCUGUGAAUUUUCUGGGCAGACUGCUUGCCAUCCGCCUGCAGUACUGUAUCUAACAGCAGUCCCUGCAUUUCUUUAUGUCAAGCUGGAUCUUCUGAACUUUCAUUCUGGGCGAAAACCAUUUUUGCUGGAGAUCUUGGAGCACAAAAAUUCUGUGCCUUUUCAACUCUGACUGGUGGAAUUUCCACAGAGCUCCUGAAGUGUUCAGGAACCUAGUUCAGUAAAAGGCAACGUAGGUAAUGUUAUAGUGCUUUAUAUUUUUGCUUGAAAUUGUCAUCUACUGAUUUUUUUUUUUUAAUUUUUUUUUGCAUUAAACUUACUAUGAGGAGUGUUGGGGGAAGAACCAAAUAACAUGGGGAUAAUAGAACACUCUAAAAGGGACACAUUAAAACAGGAAAAGCUCUUUAGAGACUGUGUUAAAUGUGAGCUGGAGGAAAUCUACCAGUAGACUUUUCUUUUAUAAAUAUUCAUUUUUGAAAGUGAGGAUGUUUAAACAAAUACAGAGAAGACUUGUCUAUAUGGUAUCAGAUUCUUGGUUGCUUGUUUUUUGUUUUUUUGGAAAUGAAGUUCUGACACUUGACACAAAGACAUUGUGCUAAAAAUAAAAAUGAAAAUAAAAAGCCAUAGGUAUGAGUGCUAAACUGGGGAUCGAAAAGGAGGAGUAUAAACAUUUUGCUCAAUAUUACACAAUAAAACAAUACCAACCGUGAAAUGUUGCACUAUUUAUCUCAUCUGAUAAAGCAGGAACAGUGGAGUGACUGGCAAUUACGGUGUCAGAUCUCAGUGUUAACAAUCGAUCUCAUUAUAGUAAUGGGCUAUUAAUUUAAUUUUAAAAGUUAUGUUUGUUUAGAAAGUAUUUGUCUAGAUCUGUGUUCAGCCGUGUCAAGGACUCCUAAUUCUCAAUUACUGCCUUGAGACUAGAGUUCUAUGCUUCUGAAGAGCUUUCUUUGCAAAGCUUUAAGCGAAGGGCUUGCAAAGGAAGUUCUCUAAUGCACUUAGUAAUCCUGUAGCUCUUAGUUAAAAUCAAGCUCUUCGAUUCUGUCUCCUCCAAAGGCAGGAUUGUUUCCUGAAAUUUGUGCUUUUAUUUAGUGUCAUUCGGAAUGAUUGUUGUGUUUUAUCUUAUCCAUUGAGAAACUGUUGCAAAACAAAUGUGGAUCUCAAUUAAAAUUCCCAACGAUUUGAUUAA